GGUUGGUCGCGCAUGCGUCGUGAGCCGCUGCGAGGCACUGAAACUGUGGCACCUCUCUGGACCCAAAGCCCAGACGUUUCUCUCCAGGCCCUGUCAGCUCUUGCCUCUUUUGGAAACACACAACCCGCGACACUCCUGAGACCCUCAAAGCCCCAAGCUCCCUAUACCGAUCAUCCCGACUUCCCCCAGACCCUCCCGGCCUGCGCGCCUCCCUAUUAGCCCGCCCUUGACACGUUAGAGCCAGCGACCUGUAGCACGCUCAGGUCGCCCCUCUCAGCCCUCCUACGAGGCCUCUGGGUCUUCACAGCCCCGCCCCCUGAGGGUUCCCCGGCCCAUCAGUUCUAAGUCCCUCGGGUCUUCUACCGGCAGCCUCCUCCACCCCUCCUCUCUUGGCUUCUCCUCACGACCUGGGUCCCUCCCUGGCCGCUGUCCUCUGGGCCUUAUUGGGUCCUUAUCUCCCCAGUAACCAGACCACAACAGUGAGCUUGGAGGAGGACCAAGGACAGGUCAGGCACUGCAGCAGCCCCUACAGGAGCCUCACCCUUCUUGGCCAAGAUGCCUUUGGGACUAUCGGCCGGGAGCGUCCGCUCCGAGGGGGGAAGUGAGAUUUUCUUGGAAGGACUGGAUUGGGAGCUGAGCAGACUGCACCGACAGUAUAAGCUGAUGGAGGGAGAAAGGCAAGCCUAUGGCAAGGAAAUCCACCAGCGCAUUAACAAGCAACUUGAGGAGAUAAAGCACUUGGAGGAGGUUCGGGCCAAGCUCCAUGUGCAGAUUGGUAUUGCCCAGAGCCAGAGCAAGAGGCUUCAGGAUAGUGAACGGCUGGAGACCAUGGACUGCCUGAUGAAGUGCCGGAACCGGGUGCAGCGUGAGGUCGAGGAGCUGCGGGAGCAGAUCAGAUCCCUGGACAGACAGAUCCGGGAGUGGGAGAACAGGAUCUUUGCCUACAAUAAGGAAGUAAAGGCCCUGGGUUUUGCCCUGGAUCAGAAGUUCAAGAUACGGCGAAGGAUCAAGAUCCUAGAAGACCAGUUGGACAGGGUCACCUGUCAAUUUGAUAUCCAGCUUGUGCGGAAUGCUGCCCUACGGGAGGAGCUGGAUCUCCUGCGGAUUGAGAGGAACCGCUAUCUGAAUGUGGACCACAAGAUGAAGAAGGAGAUCCGCCACCUGCAGCAGAUGGUCAGUGACCUCAUUGUUUCCUCCACCUCUGCCUACACUGUCAGGGAGGAGGCGAAGGCCAAGAUGGGCCUGCUUCGGGAGCGCACUGAGAAGGAGGUAGCCCAGAAUGAGACGGAGAUACAGGUCUUGCAGCGGCAGAUCGCACACUUGGAGCAGCUACAUCGCUUCCUCAAGCUCAAGAACGAUGAUCGGCAGCCAGAUCCUGCUAUCUUGGAGAAGCGAGAAAAACAUUCCCGGGAGAUGGCUGAAGGCCUCCGGAAGACCUCUCAGGAGAAACUGGUGCUGCGCCUCCAGGAUGCCCUGAACAAGCUGUCCCAGCUGACUGGGGAAAGUGACCCUGACAUGUUGGUGCAGAAGUACUUGGAGAUGGAGGAGCGCAACUUUGCUGAGUUCAACUUCAUCAAUGAGCAGAACUCGGAGCUGGAGCACCUGCAAGAAGAGAUCAAGGAGUUGCAGAAGGCGCUGGUGGCUGCACGCACCAAUGAGAGUAACUGCCAUUCACUGCAGCAGCAGCAACGCAAUGAGUUGCAGAAGCGCAUGGACAAAGUGUGCUUGGAGACUGAGCACCUUCAGGUCCGUGGCCAGGACUUGCGGGCUAAGGUGGAGAAACUCAAGGCUGGCAUCCAGCUUCUCUUCACCAAGGCCCACUGUGACAGCAGCAUCAUUGAUGACCUCCUUGGGGUCAAGGACUACAUGCAGGAUCGGGACAUAGGCCUUUUCCUGGGCCUCAUUGAGAAGCGGCUGGUGGAACUCCUGACGGUGCAGGCCUUCCUAGAUUCCCAGGGCUAUGCCUCCUUGGUUGAUGCUUCCCUCCUGGUUUUGGGCCAGAGCCUUGAGGAUCUUCCAAAGAAGAUGACCCCACUUCUGCUUCCUGACAACCUAGAGGACCCCCCAGGUUUUGAGGCCAAAGAUGACUAUCCUAUGAGCAAGGAGGAGCUGCUGAGCCAAGUGUUAAAGUUGAUGGCACUCUCUGAACAGGCUCCGGAGCUGAAUGAGGUUGUGAAGACCAACAAAGUUUUGAGUGCAGGCAUCUCCAGCACCCGGGGGACCACCUUAAGCACUGGUGCAGUCACCAGGGACCCCAGUGCUGCCCGUGGUUCCAUCUUGAUCCAUAGGACUAACAAAGACCGUGGCACCAGCUCCACUGGCCGUGUCACUUUUGGCAUCCCUAGCUCCAGUACUGGCCAGUUGUCCAGCCGUGUCACUUUUGGUGACCCAAGCUCCAGUGCGGGCCCUGUGACCAGUGCUAGUGGGGCACUGACAUCCAGCCGUGUUUCGAGUGGGGGCCGUGUGACCUUUGGACCCAUCAGCUCUAGUAGCUACCUGGGGUCCACUGGAUACGUGGAUUCCAGUAGAGGUCUAGAAAGUGUUAGAAGUAGUAUAGACAGCAGAGCCACGUCAGAAUCGAGUGGAGUCCGUAGGUCCAGUAGACACCGUGCCUCAAGUGCUGGCCCUAGCUCCAGCACCGGCCCUGGCUCCUCCACCAGCAAAGACUCCCAGCGCUAGUAAUAGGGGUACCCAGCCUCACCAUCCCUCUGGCUCCCUGAAGCAUCUUUUUUGUGUCUCUGUCUCCUAUUUGCUGUGUGACUUUCCUUCUUUGUCUACUAGUUCCAGGUCUUUGUAUCUCUUUAUCCCUCCAUCUGUUUCCAUUUGCCUUUUAUCUCCUCAUCUCUGCCACCUUGACUUGUCUGUUUUUGACCCUCCUUCCCCUUCUGUCUCCCAAUCUCCUGCUCUAUUAGUUUCCUUUUCAGUGCCUCUCUGUCUUGUCCCCAGUUUGCCUCUCCAGCUGUCUCUUUAGCCUUAACAGCUCUGCUUAUCCCACCACCUUCUGCUUCUAGCUCCCUCUCUUCAUCUCUAUCUCUCAGAUUCUCCUUAGAUAUUGUGCCCCUGUCUCCUUAGCUCCUCAUUCCUCACCCUUCCCAAGAGUCCCCUGGUACUGACGAGUGGGGAGAAAAUCGGGGCAAAGAUGUCAGGUUCAGCAUGAGCUGUGACCAUGGGAAAUAAAGGUGAGAGUCCGAUUUCUACCCCAGGCUGUUUACAAGUGUAUGUGUGAGAAAGCAAGCUUGAAACACAGCUCCUUCCCCUCUCUUCCUCCCAGGAGAGAAUUUAUGACCCUAUCCCUAUUCCAUGCCUUUCAUUCUUCCACUUUUUGGAGACCUCCACAUUUCAGCCUCUACAGGGAACUGAGAAAUAUAUCAGUCAGGAUAGACUGGGCUAUGCUGCAGUAACAACAAACAAGUCCAGAAUCUCCAUGGCCUAGAUGCUAUAAAGUUGUCUCUCCAAUGAGGGUCAGCUAAGAGCUCUGUUUCACAUCAUUCUUUGCCCCAGGCUGAAGGAGCAACCUUUAUCUGGAGUGUUGCCAGGUGGAAGAGGAAAAAUGGCAGAGCAUGCAAUGAUUCUUAAAGCUUUUACCUGGAUAUGACAUGUCAUCUCCACUCACAUUCAUUAGCCAGAUGACUAUGCCUAACUACUAAGGCGAGGGGGCAAGUGCAGACUUCUCAUUGUCUGGAAGGAGAGAAAAGAAGGAUUAUUUGUGGAUAGCCGUAAUGCCCACUGCAGGGUCACAGAGAUACAGCAAACCUGAAGCAUCUUUUUUGUGUCUCUGUCUCCUAUUUGCUGUGUGAGUUUCCUUCUUUGUCUACUAGUUCCAGGUCUCUGUAUCUCUUUACCCCUCCAUCUGUUUCCUGCAGUGGGGGUGGGUUUAGGAGUGAGAUUAAAUAUUAUGGAUAACUGUUUCCUGUAGUUGAGUCAUGCCAAGUACUCUGUUAAAAUAUAAUCCAAACAAAUCCAAAUGUAAUUCAUCAUUUACCUCCUAAUUCAGGAAAGUAGUACUAUGAACCUUAUUCCUCUUAAAAUGGGUUGGCAAUACCACAUAUUUAAGAGUAAACUGAAUUGAUAUAUGUAAGCCUUAGAACAGUACCC